AUGUCUGUGCGCUUUUCUUCCACAUCCCGGCGCCUUGGCUCCUGUGCCGGAGCAGGCUCCACGCGGCUCUCUAGUGGGGGAACAGGCUUUGGGGCUGGAAACGCCUGCGGUGCGCCGGGCAUCGGAGGGGGCUUCUCUUGUGCCUUUGGGGGAAGCUCAGCUGCAGGAGGCUAUGGCGGGGGGCUGGUCGGAGGGAGCACCCCCUGUGCCGCCUACACAGGGAAUGAACACGGACUCCUGUCCGGCAACGAGAAAGUGACCAUGCAGAACCUCAAUGACCGCCUGGCCUCCUACCUGGACAACGUGCGCGCCCUGGAGGAGGCCAAUGCCGACCUGGAGCAGAAGAUCAAGGGCUGGUAUGAGAAAUUUGGGCCUGGCUCCUGCCGCGGUCUCGAUCAUGAUUACAGCAGAUACUUCCCAAUCAUUGAUGACCUGAAGAGCCAGAUCAUUUCUGCAACUACAAGUAAUGCCAACGUGGUCCUACAAAAUGACAACGCAAGACUCACAGCUGAUGACUUUAGGCUCAAGUAUGAAAACGAGCUGGCCCUCCACCAGAGCGUGGAGACGGACAUCGGCAGCCUGCGCCGGGUGCUGGAGGAGCUGACUCUGUGCCGAGCCGACCUGCAGAUCCAGCUGGAAACCAUGAGCGAGGAGCUCACUUACCUCAAGAAGAACCACGAGGAGGAGAUGAAGGCGCUGCAGUGCGCGGCGGGUGGCAACGUGAACGUGGAGAUGAACGCAGCGCCCAGUGUGGACCUCACGGUGCUGCUCAACAACAUGCGGGCCGAGUACGAAGACCUGGCAGAGCAGAACCGCAGGGACGCCGAGGCCUGGUUCAACGAGAAGAGCGCCUCUCUGCAGCAGCAGAUCUCCGACGAUGCUGGAGCCAUCACCUCGGCUCAGAACGAAUUCACUGAGAUGAAGCGUAAUCUUCAAACCCUGGAGAUUGAACUUCAGUCCCUCUUAGCUAUGAAACAUUCCCUGGAGUGCUCCCUGACCGAGACCGAAGGCAACUACUGUGCUCAGCUCGCCCAGAUCCAGGCCCAGAUCACGGCCCUGGAGGAGCAGCUGCACCAGGUCAGAACCGAGACCGAGGGCCAGAAGCUGGAGUAUGAACAGCUGCUGGACAUCAAGGUCCACCUGGAAAAGGAAAUCGAGACCUACUGCCGCCUGAUAGAUGGAGAGGAUGGCUCUUGUUUCAAAUCAAAAGGCUAUGGAGGGCUAGGAAAUCAGAUAAAAGAUUCACCUAGAACCACCAUGGUUAAAACAAUUGUUGAAGAAAUAGAUCCUCGUGGCAAAGUUCUCUCCUCCAGAGUUCACACUAUGGAAGAGAAAUCCAUCAAAAUGAACACCAUGAACAGUGAGCAGAGGGUGCCUUCCUGA